CAGGCAUCACAGUUUCUUUUGAGAGAGCAAUCAUUGAAGAUUGCUUUUAUUUUGCCUAUUGGCAUUGCUGUGUUGGCUGAAGCUUCCAGUUUGGUGAAGAUACUUUUAUUUGUAGUGAAGCAGAGAAUUAGCAUCCAACCAUGGGUGUCCUGGAAAAGAUAGCGGAAAUCGAGUCCGAAAUGGCCCGGACCCAGCGAAACAAAGCAACUGCUCAUCAUUUGGGUCUGCUGAAAGCCCGUUUGGCUAAGCUGCGUCGUGAGCUUCUCACUCCGAAAAGUGGAGGAGGUGGACCGGGAGAAGGAUUCGACGUAGCAAAGACCGGUGACGCCCGUAUCGGCUUCGUUGGUUUCCCGUCGGUGGGAAAGUCCACGCUACUGACGAACUUGGCGGGAGUUUAUUCAGAGGUUGCUGCAUACGAGUUCACAACUCUGACGACUGUGCCAGGUGUUAUUCGAUACAAAGGCGCCAAAGUCCAGCUUUUGGAUUUGCCUGGUAUCAUUGAAGGAGCUAAGGACGGCAAGGGACGUGGUCGUCAAGUCAUUGCAGUGGCACGGACAUGCAGUUUAAUUUUCAUUGUGCUGGAUGUCUUGAAACCUCUGCACCACAAGCGCCUCAUUGAGCAUGAACUGGAAGGAUUCGGCAUUCGGCUAAACAAGAAUCCACCAAACAUUGGUUUCCGCAAGAAGGAAAAAGGAGGCAUCAACUUGACCAGCACUGUGACUCAAACCCACUUGGAUACGGACAUGGUCAAAGCCAUCCUGUCCGAGUACAAGAUUCACAAUGCCGACGUCACGCUGCGAAUGGACGCCACUGACGAAGACCUGAUCGACACGAUCGAGGGGAACCGCGUCUACAUGCCCUGUAUCUACGUCCUGAACAAAAUCGAUCAGAUCUCUAUCGAGGAACUUGACAUCAUCUACAAAGUGCCCCAUUGCGUACCCAUCUCAGCUCAUCACAAAUGGAACUUUGAUGAUUUGCUAGAAAAGAUGUGGAAUUAUUUGAGUCUUGUCAGAAUCUACACUAAGCCUAAAGGACAGCUGCCUGAUUACGAAUCUCCCGUUGUCUUGCACGGAGGUCAUCAAACAGUUGAGGACCUGUGCAACCAACUGCAUAAGUCCAUCAUGAAGGAUUUCAAGCAUGCGCUGGUAUGGGGGUCCUCUGUCAAGCACAACCCACAGAAGGUUGGACGGGAACAUUACCUGAACGAUGAAGAUGUUGUUCAAAUUGUCAAAAAGAUUUGAGCUGACCUGAUCAUAGUUUCCAGUUUCUUGCCGGAGUGUUGUGCGGACCUCACGCUCUCCCCCAUGCAACCUGGCUGGCCAGGUUGUGACUUACAAGGCAGCUUUACUGCCGGAUAUAUGUGUCCUCUUGCCUAUUGCUACUUUGCACAUCUUGAGAGCGCACCAUGUGCUUGUUCGGUUCUAGUUGGUGCAAUGACAGCUGAUGACCUGUGCUGUUUGGUUAGCUUCGCCGUCACGCGUCGUCGUUGUUGCUUCUCCAGUCGCGCUCGCCUCCUGGACAACGUCGACCUUUGAAUAUGCGCGCGUGUCCGGCGUACAGCUGAGUGGAACGCUUAUUGUUUUUUUUUAUGCUGUGUAUGUGCUCCUGCUGCUGCUGCCGCUGCCGCUUACAUCCCUGUGGGCUGCGCUGCUAUCGCUACUGCUGUGUACAUUGCUGGUUAGAAUGUGUUUGAUGCGUGUACUGUCUGUUCUCUGACAGGGAGGAGGAGGGAGCUUUACGGCUCAGCGCUGCGCUGGCAAGUCCUCGACUUAGUCAUCUUUUGUUGAGAAUAUUUUUUGGACUGUGUACAGUUUUUUUCCUUGCAGUUAAUUUGAGACAACCGUACACCUAGGAGUUUAUUUAGUAUCCGCCGCUGGCGCGCUGUAGCAGCUGCUGGGAAGUAAAGUUUGCUGUCGUCUGUGCCGUCCUCUCUCUCUCUCUCUCUCUCUCUCUCUCUCUCUCUCUCUCUCUCUCUCUCUCUCUCUCUCUCUCUCUCUCUCUCUCUCUCUCUCUCUCUCCCUCCCCGGUCGCAGGCCUGACCCUGCUUAUCGGGGGGGGGGGGGGGGGUUGCUGUGAGCGGCAGAAUACGGCUGUGUGGGUUGGCAGCAUGCCGUGCAGCACUAAAGCUCAAACGUGCAUUGCCGCGCCACCGAGCAGCUCCUUUCAACUGGCUUAAAUUUGUGUUCCUCUGCGCUGCAAAGCAUCCGCUCACCGCCCUCCUCACAUCUCUGAUUACCUUUAUGCUCCUGUCUAAUGUGUAUCUGCAGCUAUGCUGUGUGUAUAUUAUUAUAGUUAUAUUUUUAUUCGUUUGCUUGCCUGUCACAUCUGUGCCAAGUCUUUGUGCAAUGUGUACUAACAUUAUUGAUGCUCUUCAGAGUCAACCCGUGCUGGACUGGGACGUGUGGAUCUCUUGAAAAUUCUACUUUAUUUAAAAGAUAAGCUCCAGAGUCCAUGUGGACGCGGCGGA